AAACACUACAAUGAGAAAUCUCUCCCUUCGUCUUCCUCCCCUCCCCUCCAACUUCCUGUAAUGUUUUAAGAGAUGAAAAGUAGCUGGUGGCAGUGGUGACUUUGGUAAUGACUUCUGCUUCAAACAGAGCAUCCAACUUUUCCAACCUAUAAAGAUACAGAACCUCAAGCUUUCGGACUAGUGGAUUCAUGGAUGAGGAAAGAACACACUCCAGGCCUUCGCAAGGGAUGCUCUUCAACUGGGGCAAGUCUGCCAAUUCUAACCUCUUUAGUUUUGGAAGGAGGAGUUGGAUCAUCCCUUCUGAAUCCCAAUCUACCGAAGAGUAUCUUGAAACUAAGAAGAAAGACCAUUUGGCAAGGAAGAAACUAUCUGCAUUUAUUCAUUUGUUUGAGCAUUGUUCAAUGGAACAUAUUGAGGGACAUAGGAAAGGGCAAAAUCCAACAAAUCGAAAUGGAGAAGAUGCUAAUUGUCAGUUUCAAAGAGGUCUAGUUGAUAAUCAGAGUGGGACAGCAUGCAAUGCUACGAUCGGAAAGGAAGGCAAAGAAAAGGUGGUAAAGGAGAACCGAUCUGAGAGAGAGCCCGAAAAGCAAAGGGCCCAACUAUCAGACUGCCCUGUCCCUGACUACAACAUUGGCAGUGCAUCCAGUGAAAACACUGAAGUUUCCCAUGUAGAGGGAGUAAGCAAGUUCUCAAGUACAGCUGGUGGUAACAUUCCAUGGAAGGAAAUUCUGGACCUUGAUUCUUCAGUGUUUCUUAACUGCCGAACUUCAGUGGACUGAAGGAUAAAUGGAGAAACAUGUGAAACUUUCAUGAAGAAAAGAGAGGAAAACAG